UCUGUUUUUAAUAUUUCAAAAUGCAUCAUUUCAAAAUAUGAAUUGUUUAAAAUGCUUAUUACAUUUAGCAUGCAUAAUUAGCCAUUUUUAAUAGGUUGGUUUGCUCAAAGACCUCAAAGUAGAUGUAAUGUGAUUUUAAUGCAGACAUUCUGCCUAUUACUAAAUCAAACUCUAUAAAGACUGCUUCUUUAAAAAAAAUAAAAAAGACUUGUUUUUCCACAGAAACAAUGUAAGCAUCCCCUAGGUAACUUGGUCCAAGUGCAUCCUAGGAAAUCUCAGCAUCAAGGCAGUGUGAGCAAAGCUCUACGGCUUUACGUUCUACAGCCCGUCUCAGUCAUAAACGUCUGCGUGUCUAUGAAGGGCUCUGGAGAUGCCUCGCGACGAUGUGUCCCCUCUCUGGUCCGAGCUAUUUUCAGCGCGAGCGCGUCACGAUGCCGUCCAGCAAACUUCAUCCUGGAGUGAAUGAAGAAUACGCGCACACCUCCGGGAUUACAGCUCAUGCGUUAUCAUGAAUAGAGGCAGGUGCACAACUUCAAACGAUGAAUUCUGCGAGCGCAAAACUACACGAUCUACCUCGCUCGGCUGAUGUCCUUGUUCAUGUACGAGAGAUUAUUCGUUCAUCGCCGUCUGCCCGAUCAUCACUUCUCCACUCUCAUCCCGCAGCUUUCCUCUUUUCAUCUGUGCGUCCGUGUAAAAUGGAAAUCUGAAGUGCUCCACUUUCGCAGUUUCUCACCUUUCAAAGAAAAAGCUGCAGGGCGGCCCUCGUGGCCGGGAUGCCACUGUGUACCCUGCCAGUCGGCGGUGGAUCCUGAGGGGCAGGAGCUGCCCACCCAGUGCAGGGGGCAGAGGAACAAGCACCCUGACCUCGACAUGAAUCUCUGCUGGAACGAGAUUAAACGCAAAUCCCACAACAUCAGGGUACGGCUGGAGGCCUUUUCGGACAACAGCGGGAAGCUCCAGCUGUCCCUGCAGGAGAUCAUCGAAUGGCUGACAGCUAAAGACGAGGAGCUGUCCGAGCAGCUGCCCAUAGGUGGUGAUGUGGGAGCGGUGCAGCACCAGCGGGAGUUCCACCAGGCUUUCAUGGAAGAUGUCAAAUCCAGAGGGCCCUACAUCUACUCGGUGUUGGAAUCAGCUCAGACCUUCCUUUCACAACACCCCUUCCAGGAGCCUGAGGAGACAUUGCCUGAUGGCAAAGAAGGCUCUCCUCGCCGGCGAAUGCUGAAUGUAAGUCGCUCCGUAUGGAAGCAGGCCAAUGUGGCCAGUGACCUGUGGGAGAAGUUGACAGCGCGCUGCGUGGACCGACACCGGCACAUGGAGCGAACCCUGGAGAGGCUGCUGCAGAUCCAGGCCGCCAUGGAGGAGCUGGCUGUGGCUCUGGAGCAGGCGGAGGGAGUAAGGGACGCCUGGGAGCCUGUGGGAGACCUGUUUAUUGAUUCGCUGCAGGACCAUAUAGACGCUACCAAGCUAUUUAAAGAAGAGCUGACCCAGGUGAAGGAAGGAAUGAAACACAUAAAUGACCUGGCCCACCAGCUGGCCAUAUCCGAUGUGCACUUGUCCAUGGAGAACGCCAGAGCUCUGGAGCACCUCAACAACAGAUGGAAACUUCUGCAGGGGUCUAUUGAAGAACGUCUGAAACAGUUGCAAGAUGCCCACAGAGAUUUUGGCCCCGGAUCACAGCACUUUCUUUCCAGUAAGUGUGGUAACUCACUUGAAGCCGUAGAGUCUUCUGCCGGAGUCCAUCAGGCUCAGACAACCUGCUGGGACCAUCCAAAGAUGACUGAAUUAUACCAAGCUCUGGCGGACCUGAACAAUAUCAAGUUCUCUGCAUACCGGACUGCCAUGAAGCUGAGGCAUGUGCAGAAGGCUUUAAGAUUGGACCUGCUGAAGUUAAGCAGCGUGGUGGACGUGUUUCGAGAACAGGAGCUGCAGCAUGCCGAGCAUGUGAUGGAUGUGGUGGAGGUCAUUCACGCUCUCACUUCCCUGUAUGAGAAACUAGAGGAGGAGAGGUCCAUCCUGAUCAAUAUCCCCCUGUGCGUCGACAUGUGUCUCAACUGGCUGCUGAAUGUUUACGACAGUGGUCGUAAUGGUAAGAUGCGAGUGCUCUCCUUCAAGACGGGCCUGGUUAUUCUAUGCAGUGCAGACAUCCAGGAAAAGUAUAAAUACCUUUUCAGACAGGUGUGUGGUCCAGGUGGACUGACAGAUCAGAAACAUCUCAGCCUGUUACUGCAUGAGGCUAUUCAGAUCCCUCGGCAGCUCGGGGAAGUGGCGGCGUUUGGAGGAAGCAACGUGGAGCCCAGUGUCCGCAGCUGCUUUCGAAUGGCUCCAGGUAAGUCAGCUAUCGAGGUGUCUCACUUUCUGGAGUGGAUGAGCCUAGAGCCUCAGUCUGUGGUGUGGCUUCCUGUUCUACACCGGGUAACUGUGGCAGAGACAGCCAAGCACCAGGCACGCUGCUACAUCUGUAAGCAGUGCCCUAUCAAGGGCUUCAGAUACCGAAGUCUGAAACAGUUCAAUGUGGACAUCUGCCAGAUGUGUUUUCUGACGGGCCGGACUACCAAGGGCAAGAAACUACACUACCCCAUCAUGGAGUACUACACCCCGACGACCUCAGGCGAGAAGAUGCGGGACUUCGCAAAGACGCUAAAGAACAAGUUCCGCUCGAAGCAGUAUUUUAGUAAACACCCUCAGAGGGGAUACCUGCCCGUUCAAUCAGUACUGGAGGUGGAGAGCUCUGAGACGCCCUGCUCAUCUCCCAGGCUGCCUCAUGCGGACACACACAGCCGGAUCGAGCAUUUUGCCAGCAGGUUGGCAGAAAUGGAGAACCAGAGCUGCUCCUUUUUCACCGACAGUCUCUCUCCAGAUGAAAGUUUGGAUGAAGAUCAGUACCUCCUACGUCACUCCAGCCCCGCCCUCGAGCAGGACUCCCCCCACGGCCACCUGCUGGCCCACCUGGACUGCCAGGACAGAGAAGAGCUGCAGCGCACCCUCCAACGCCUGGAGAACGAGAACAGGGUGCUGCAGGGCGAGUAUCGGCGGCUGAAGUGGAAGCAUGAAGAGGCAGCAUCUUCACCUCAGCUGCUGGAAUCGGGUCCCGGUUCACCGGCCGGUCAGCAGGACGAGGAGCUCCUAGCCGAGGCUCGAGUCCUUCGACAGCACAAGACCCGCCUGGAGACGCGCAUGCAGAUUCUAGAGGACCACAACAAGCAACUGGAGUCCCAACUACACAGACUCAGAGAACUACUGCUGCAGCCCAAAGACGACUCAGAGGCCAAUGGCUCAGAUCCUUCUUCUCUAUCGUCGCCUGUGUCAGGGGGUGGCCAGCAGGGGGAGCCUCCCAGUAGAGAGACCACAGACACAGAAGCUGCAGGUGAAGAUUUGGAUCACGAGCAGGACACCGUACUGCAGCUGCAGCAGGUAAUCGAACAGCUGAGGAACGUCUUCCCAUCUGAGCCAGGUCCAUGAGGAACCUGAAGCAAAACUCAGAGGCCUAAAAUUGUGCAGGCGUCGUAUUGCUCAUCUUAUUGUGGGCAGGGUCUUGAGAAUGCAGGGCUGGCGAAUCCAUGGACAGACGAGGCGGCAGCGAGAAGAGUUUUAAGACAACCUUCUCAGCCUGCGGCCAUUUGCCAAUCCCAAAGAGCUGUGGGAUAUCUGAGUGCUAACUAAACAAACUAAGGUUUACAUGGUGCCAAAGGCCUGCACUGAUCCGGACACUGUGCUAACCCGUGUCGUAAUGCAAAGUGUGUGGCUUCAUCAGUACAGCACAAGAACCACAAACAGGACUUACACCAGGGAUCCUCAAAUCUGGCCCACGAGAUCCACUUUCCUGCAGAGUUUAGCUCUAACCCUAA